AAACAGACGCAUAAACAGUUUCCGGCCACAACAUUUACGCGCAUUUUCAUUGCGAUUUCGCUGCUGGUUUUGGCUGCUGUUUGAAUCUAAACAUAGUAUAGGCCAAAAUAAAAAGCAAGCUAAAAACAUUCGGCAAAAACGGAAAGUUAUCCAAAUGAAACCACAGUUACGUUUAAUCAGAUAACAAAGAGCGCAGGCACACGCAACGCAACACACAGACAAUCACAGACAAACACAACAAAUCCCGAGAGCGGUCAACAAUUAGAGAAGCGCACAACAAACAAGCCAACAAACAAGCAACCAACCACCAGCACCACCACCAUCAACAAGUUCACCCACCGGUCGCAUUUGAACCACCGAACUCAUCAUGAAUUUAAUGUUUCGCAAGAAUUUCCGCGAGGGGGCGAGCAAAUCAGGCGGCGGCGGGGGAAAGCUGCAGUCCAAGGCGAACAGGACGAAGCGUUCCCGGGACAUGGGACUCGUCCAGCAGCCGGAGGAGAUUCACUACAGGACCCACCUCUUCUUCUCGCCCAACAGACCCGGCUACGAUGUGGGCGAAGAACGAUGUAGCGCCCUGUCAGGCAUCCCGAGCACCCCGCUGUCGAGCACCGCCCCCUCGCUGGCACUCCCCGGCAAUCUGCCGUACGAGCUGGACAUUCCGCAGCCGCUGGUCGACCGCCGGCCGUCCGUCUCCCUGAUGCGCUGGAGCAGCAGCGGACCGGGUACGGAGAGCAGCAACAACAACAGCGCUAGUAACAGUCUGAUCCGCCUGCAGCAGCAGCAGCAGCAGCAGCAACUCCAGCAGCAAAUGCAGCAACAAAUGCAGCAGCAGCAGCAUCUAUUGGCAACAGCAACAGCAACAACACUGGGGUACGCUGAUGCAACGGUGGCCACGGCAACAACAACAUUGCUAGCGGCCGCAGCUGCAGCCACGCGGCAAGUGAACUUCGGUGGUGGCGCCAACUCGGGAGUCACACGAGCGGAACCCAUUUCACUGGCCACUCUGGAUCGCGACUGCUUCAUCAUUCCCGUGCACAGUGUGGAUCGAUUCCUGCCAGCCGGAAUUCCACUGCCUGCUUUAAAUGCCGAGGGUAAGGCCACGAGUCCUUUAAGCGUACUGGAAGUCUCAGAUCCCAAGCUCUGCAUCCUGGUGCACUUGAUGAGUCCCCUGGAGGCCAUAGAUCCGGUGAUGGAAUCGCCGCUUUCGCAUCCGCUGCUCAAACAGCGUUCCAUUGCCUCCGAACUGGUGACUGAAGUGCAGCAGGCCAACACGGCUGUGGGUGGAAUGCUGCUGGCCAACAUGGAAAAGAACUCCGAGUUCCCCUUCAUCUCGUACUAUCUGAUCAACACACUGCAAACGGAUCCUUCCAGUUUUUAUGCCGGACUGCGCGUCUCCUCGCUGUCCAAAUUCGAACCAAAGGCCCUCAAAUACACUGCCGCCCACACUUUGGAUCUGUACAGCGAGGUGGCUGCCAUUUGCCGGCCGCCUUUGGUUUUGCCCUCGAACGAGGCCGGCAGCUUCAAGAAAUCGCAGACCGCGGCCACCGGCUACAUUAUUAGCGUGUUCAAGGUCUUCGAGGGCGACGAUGGCGAGCGAUUCGAAAAGAAUUGGCUCUACUGGACUGGCGCCCGAAUGUUGUACAGAUACCUGCCACGUGCCGCCGGCCUGAGGCGCAUCGCCCUGCACAAGAGCACCUCGCAGAAGGGCGACAAGAUGUACCUGCUGGUGUGCGAGUGCGCCGAUCUGCUCAAGGACAUUUCGCUGGCGGCCUUCCUGAUUCCGGCACUGAGAGCCAGACUCUGCGGAUACACGGGACUCUAUCGACCAAUACAGGCCUUCUAACUCCUUUUCUAACUCCUG